AUGGAUGUUCGUGGUUAUAAACACUCAUACUCUGCUCGGUCCCCUGCUAAACGCAGCCCUAGCCCCAGUCCUCGCAGAUGGAACAGCUAUGAGGAUGACUCAAGAAAGCGUUUCAUGUCUCCUAGUGAUUGGCCCGGGAAACAGAUUUUAACUCAUGUUGCGGCCCAAACACCAGCAAUGCUGCCUGUGGGCCCUGAAAUGGACAAUGUUGAUGAUAGUGACAACAUUUCAAAAGACAUUCAUGUGAUUGCGGGCGCUGGCCGGGAUGUGCUAGCGUCAUAUGUGAGAGGAGUGAUUGAAGGUGUGGAGGUGCAAAUAUUAGUCAACUCCGGUGUCAUGAGCUCCAUGAACGUGACAGGAUAUUCAGGAGGAGGAGUCACGAUCACAUGCAAAUAUAAGACAAAAUAUUCGGCAAAGUCUUUUUGUCGAGUUGAUCAGAGGUCCACAUGCUCUGAACUCAUCAAGACUGAGACUAAAGAUAAAUGGGUUGAUUCUGGAAGAUUCUCUCUGUAUGACGACACAAGAUCAGCAGUCUUGAAAGUGACCAUCAGAGAUCUGAGUGAAGAGGAUUCUGGGACGUACAACUGUACAUUUGGUAAAACUAGAGGAAAAGAUUCCUACACUGAAGUGAAUCUGAAGGUUAUAAGAGAUCAACAAAACAGGACUGUGAGAGGAUAUUCAGGAGGAAACGUCAUUAUAAACUUCAAAUAUAAGACAAAACACAAGAACAAUGUAGAAGUCUGUAAAACUGCAGCAGAUCAAUGUUUGACUGUAAUGAACACUAACAGAACAGCAGAACAGAAACAUGACGGACGAUUCUCUGUUUAUAAUAACAGAUCUGCAGAUCUCUUACGUGUGUUUAUCAGAGAGCUGAAUGUGAAUGAUUCUGGAAAAUAUAAGAUUACAGUCAAAGUUACUAAACAAUACAGUUUCUUCUCUGAGUUUAAUCUGGACAUCAGAGACGAUGAUUGUUGUGAGAAGAGCAUCAGUCUAUCAGCUGCUGCAGGAGGAUCUGUGAACAUCAGCUGCAAAUACCCACAAUCCCACAGAAAAGAUGUGAAGUUUCUCUGCUGGAGAUCUGGAGAUGAUCUCUGUGCUGAAGAGACGUCUGUGAAGGAGAGCAGAAGAUGGAGUCCUGAGGGAAAGAUCCAGCUGUUUGAUGACAGGGAAAAGCAGCUCCUGAUGGGAAGCAUCAGUCAUGUGACUGAACAACAUUCAGAAUACUGGUGUGGAGUUCAGUCUGAUCAAGGACACAAGAGCUUCAUCACACGAGUCCAGAUCGAUCUUACAGGCUCUUCUCUGAUCAUCCCUCUGGUUCUGUUUUUUCUGGUUCUGAUCACAGCUGGACUCUUAUUACUGUUUUUCUGUAAGAAGCGUCAGUCUCAAGGUGGUGAUUCGUCAUCUCAGACUGGACCAAGAAAACAUGAAGUGGUUUCUCACACUGGUUGUGAUUAUGAGGAGAUUAAAGAUGCUCACACACAAUUACCCACAAACCCCUCUGAUUCUAACUGCGUUUACGCUACAGUUCAGAAAGCCACUGGUGACUCUCAGUGCUGCAUCACAUCUGCUGAGGAUCUGAAUUACGCAGUGGUGAAUUUCCACAAGAAAUCUGACUGCCCUGACAGUGUCAGUAGCAGGAAUAAUCAGGAUUACAGUGAAUACGCUGCUGUCAAUCAUCUCACUGCUUGACCAACAACAGCAGAGAAUAUAAAUGAGCUGAAUGUUUUAUCACCUUGUCUUUGGCAUUAAGUUUGCAUGUUUGGUGUUUUUUGUAAGUCUUCAGUGAUGCUCCUUUUCCUUAUAUUUUAGUCAGUUUUGUGAAUCAGACUUUUGACUGUUGGAAUGAAGUCUGUAAUAUGCAUGAAUUAUGGAAAGCUGAAAUGCACAUAAAAGCACAGUGUCUGAGCUUUAUGAGUGUCCGUCGUGAAGCCUGAGGUCUUUUUAGCUUUUGCUCAAAAAAUGUUUAUUCCAGAAAAUUGACUCCCCACUGAUGUAAUUGUAAUGUAACAGAGACUCGUUCGAGCUCAGGUUGAGAUCCAUAUGUGGCAGAAUAAGUGAUUUAUCUUAUUGGGCUGUUUGGGGUAUGGUUUUGAGCAGACCAAUGAGGUAGAAGCGGCCGUACCAUUUAAAGACCCUUACUUUGGUGAGUGUGUAUGUAUACUGCUGAUUCCGGGUUCUCCUCUCCCUGGCAUUUCCGUUCCCGUUUUUUGUUCAUGUUCAGGUAUGUUGAGACUCUGCUGACAGUGUAAUGAUGUGUUCAGUUCGAAGCUAAUAUGAAAUAGUUUAAUAGCGGAGCUGGUGGCAUAGGUGGCAAGUUUGUGGUGGAGUUUGCUCUUAGGUAGUUUGGUAUCCGCAUUAAAUUUCUUGAUCACUUGUGGUUGGAGGUAUUUUUUGUAUUGUUCAUAGUAACAGAUGUUAGCAGGUAGACUGAGCAAUGGCACCUGUUGUGAGUAACAAUACCGCUUUGCGUCUGGUGUUUGUUCAACCCGUUAGCUGUUUUGCUGGUCAUUUGGGCUGGUAGCUAUGAGCUUUUUGUGUGCUAGGCUUCUUAUUAUAUUUAUUUUUAUUUGCUUUCAAGUAUAGUUUGUUUUUCUAGAUUUUUCUUUUUUUCUGUUGCUUGUUUUUUUUUUUUUUUUUUUUUUUGCAAACAUUGCUCAUUUAUUUUGUUGCUGUCUUUGUGUUAUUCUUUGUUGCUAUUUCUGAUUUGGUUUUGUUCUAUUGCAGCUUUAUUACAGUAUGAAUUUCUUUUCUUUUUUUGCACUGUAUUAUAUUUUUUCAUUGUAUAAGUGUUUGAUUUUCACUUCAUUUACUCACCAACUCACCAGUUAUUCUGGUUCCACUCAUGCGCUCCUUAUCUGAUUUUGCUGCAUGUGGUUUCAUCAGCGGUGCCUGAGUGCUAUAGCCACAUCACCACAGUGUCUGUAAUGUCUACUUUGGUGGUUUUCUUUCUUUGAUUAUUCAGUGUAAUUUUUCUUUAGUGUAGUUUGAUUAAUGUGGUUUUCUUCCUCUCCAGGAGCCAGUGAGGACUUGGUGUGGAACGGGGAAGGCUAGCUGCUUUUCAUUCGGUGGUGUGUGCUUCAGUGUGCUGACACAGCUUCCUCAUGGUGUGUGCACGUGGUGUCUGAUUUGGUGUGAAUUUAGGUGGUUUCAGAAGACCUCCUGAGUUGCAGCCGGCCUGCCCUGUUCCCGCUAAGACUGACCCUGGAUAGUUGUUUUUUUUUCUAUAAUUUGGAGUGUGCUUCACAGGAGAGAGAAUCCAUGAUAAUGAGUUUAAUUCAUGAUGAUGCUUUUAUAAUAAAGUAUAUUUUUCUGUAUUGCUACUCACUUCUCUCUACAUCUUAUUUCUUUGCCUUCAAUUGGUAAAACUUACCUCUGUGUCCUUAUUGGGAGUAUCCAGUGCUCAAACAGGGUGGUGUAGUCGGAUUAAAUUAAUUGUGAUUUGCGUUUCCCUCCACUUGUUAAUGCCACACAUAUGCAGCUUUAUUAUUAUUUUAUUAUUGCCUUUAACAGACAGGAAAGGAUUAACAAAAGGCAAAAGACAUCAAUACUUUACAACUUGUAUGUGCAAAAUCCAGAACUAUAUAAAUGUGCAGCAUUUUGUAUAAAUAGAGACAUAACAAA